AUGAACACUGCUGAGAAAAUCGUUUCUGUUUGUUUUCUCCUGCAAGGUGUUUGCUGUAGAGAUUUCAACAUCAGUUUGCCAGAGAAGAUUCAAGCUCUCAGUGGAUCCUGUGUGAUUAUAAAGUGCAGAUUUGAGAUUAAUGAAACAUAUGAUAAAGACCUCACUGAGAGAGCUGCUGGAGUCUGGUAUAAAGACAAACAUGAUAAGAGCAGCAGCCCAGUGUUUAACUCCAGUGCAUCAACCCCCAACUCUUUUAUUAAAGGGAAUAUAACUGGACAAUUAAAAGACAAGGACUGUACCACUGUCUUUUAUAAUGUCACAUCAAAUCACAGUGGUCAGUAUUUCUUCAGGAUUGAGGGAGAAGGUGGACUGAAAUGGACCUACAAAAAGCCAAGUGUUUCAGUAGAUGUGAUCGAGUCUCCGGUGAAUCCUCGAGUUGUGCUGUAUGUGGAUGAGCAGGAGCUGCAGGAUCAGCAGGAGGUGUUGGAGGGCAGAUCUGUGAGUCUGCGCUGCUCCGCUGAGACUCUCUGCUCUUCUCCUCCAGCAACUCUCACAUGGAGCUCCACUGCCAGAAUCCCCCUCAGUGAGAGCAGCAAACUACAGGAGCUCAUCAUCUCGGAUCUGAACUUCACUGCUGCUCAGCGGCACCACAGAGUCACUUUCACCUGCUCUAUAAACUACCAGCUGCAGGACAACAACAGAACAGCUCACAGCAGCAUCACAUUACAUGUGCAGUAUGCUCCUCAGAUCUCAAACUUCAGCUGUUCCAGUACUGAUGUAACUGUGUGUUUCUGUGAGGUUGAUGGGAAUCCCUCUCCUGUAGUGGAGUGGCAUCUGUCUGGACGGCCCGUCUCGAACUCUUCAAACACGUUCAUCAGUGAAGAGCGAUUGAGCAACACAAGCCUGAGGAGCUUCAUCUGUCUAGAUCAGUCUCUCACACACACAAACACUCUGCUGUGUGUCAGUAAAAACACUGGUGGCAAUGCAACUCAACUGUUUCAUCUGGUCUUUGUCACUCAAAAAGAAAUCUUUAUUCUGAUUGGAGUUGCUGCUGGGGCUUUGGUGAUAGUGAUGUUGUGUGCUGUUACAUAUACAUGUGUCCGAAAAAACAAUAGGAAACUUCAGCCAACUGUCCAAGAUGAAGGUGCUAAGGAAAGUGUUAAAAAUACAGAUGAAGAGAAUCAAGACGACUCUGUUUAUUCAAAUAACGUCAUGAUGUCAUCUGCUGGAGCCACUACAGCAAAUCAAGAGUCCAUCAUUUAUUCCUCCAUUGACUUCUCAAAUUCUAAAUUAAGGUCACAGGAGGUGGAGAGCAUCUCUUGUCUUCAUGUUGACUAUGCAGUGGUCCAGCGCGGUUCUGGAGCAGCAGACGAGAGAGUUCAGUGA